GCGUGGAGGGAACCGGGAUCAGCCAGGGGCCAGCAUGAGCCAGAGGGAGGGAAGUCUGGAAGACCCCCAGGCUGACGAUUCAGUCUCACUCCUCCCCCACUUGGAGGCCAAGAUCCGUCAGACACACAGCCUUGCCCGCCUCCUCACCAAAUACGCAGAGCAGCUGCUCCAGGAAUAUGUGCAGCACCAGGGAGAUCCCUUCGGGCUGCCGAGCUUCUCGCCUCCGCGGCUGCCAGUGGCCGGCCUGAGCGCCCCGGCACCUGGCCACGCGGGACUGCCGUUGCCCGAGCGGCUGCGGCUGGACGCRGCGGCGCUGGCCGCGCUGCCCCCGCUGCUCGACGUCGUGCGCCGCCACCAGGCCGAGCUGAACCCGCGUGUGCCGCGCCUGCUGCGACGCCUAGAGGACGCUGCGCGCCAGGCUCGGGCCCUGGGCGCCGCCGUGGAGACCGUGCUGGCUGCGCUGGGCUCCACCGCCCGCGGUCCCUGGCCGGAGCCCUCCGCUGCUAACGCCRCGGCUGCAGCCACCGCCGCCACCACCACCACCAGCGCCGCAGGGGUCUUCCCAGCCAAGGUGCUGGGGCUCCGCGUGUGCGGCCUCUACAGCGAGUGGGUGAGCCGCACCGAGGGCGACCUGAGCCAGCUGGUGCCCGAGGGGCCCGCGUGAGCGCGCGCACUGGGGGCAACUUCGCGCUGUCGCCUCCUCUCCAUCAGGUUYCUUCUCCAUGUUUGUCUUCACUUCUGUCUCUUCCCGUGUCUGUCAGUGUCUCUGCGAACUGUCCCCUUGCUCUGACUCUGUACCUCUUCUCUUUCUGGACCUCCUUGUCUGCCCAAGGAACUUUCCUGUGUCCCUCAUUUUCUCGCUUCCCCUCUCUUUUUCUCCAUCCUUGGGCCUGCCUCAGUCUCUUUAGGUCUCCCCUUUACCCAUCUCUGAGGAUCUCUGGGUCUGUUUUCCCAUCUCCUCUCCCUGUGGCCCCACGUGAGCAUGUGUACAUCUCAGCCUCAUCUCAAGGAGGCCACACCUUGUCUCUCUCCCUCAGUUUUGUCCUUUCUUGGCCAGGAAUGUGCCUGUUGGUCCUGUGGUGGGUAGGUUACUGCAAACAAAUUUUAGAUACCCUCCCCCAGGGUCAUCCCAACUGCUGCCCUCAUUGUCCCCACCCCAUCCCUUUGGGCCCUUCCUCUUCUCCCUUCACUUUGCCCUGCCCUGUGCAGGGAUAGUACAACCCUCACCUCUCAAACCAG